UUCCCCCCUUCCCCUCAAUUCAUCCUCUUGCUUGACAAUUCCAAAAUACUACUCUUACACACUCCUGACGGCUUUUUUCUUUCUUUAUUGCCUUCACUCGACACUCAUUGUUCUUUCUUCUCUUCCUUUCCUUCCCCUGAGCGUUCGGAGCAUCCUGGUGAUGCGGUCGGCGAUCCUCCCGUAUUGACUUUCCCCUGUUGUUUAUCCCGUGGCAGUCCGCCCCAGCCCACUUGACGAAUUUCGACACGAACAAGUUUCUCUGCUCGCUACAAGAUACACCUCCUGUUACCUUUCUGAAAUACAGACCUUUCGAGUCUCAACCACCUUCGCAACUGAUUAAAUCACAAUCAUGCCGUCCAUUCCCCCUCCCCUGACUCUAUCUCACCGCCACACGCGGAGUCGAUCAUCCAACAUCGACUUCGACCCAGUUUCACCAGGCACUUACGCUCCUAACGGCUUUUCCUACCAUUCUCCUCGAUCGCCUCGGACGCCUCGUUCAUCUGCGCCUCCCUCUCCCGUCGAUUCUCGCCCGCAGCGUGCCAACAGCAUUAAUGAGUCGCACCGGAUGUCGGUCGAUUUUGGCGGCGUCGCCGGUGGAGGCGGGCUGGGCAAUUUAGCCGAUGAGCUGGCCGACGCAUGGGAGGAGGAAGAAGGGGGUUACGGAUACGCCUCUGGGCAAGACACCGGUGUCCCUGACACACAAUACGCGCAACAGAGCGAAGACGACGCUGCAUACAACCAUCACACACGAUCCCCGUCAUCCGGGUACUCCCCAGAGCGGAAUUCCACCCUGCAACCCCCACGGCCCAAGACGCGCAAUGGCGCCCAGCGACAACACCGGCGGUAUGAAUCGCAGUACGAUGGCUCCGACUACGGAAAUGACUCGGAUUUCGAGGAAUCGGAUAUGCCCCCGAGCCUGGAAACACAGAUGGCGGAGAUUGAGAGUCUGGCUCGAAGAGGUAUUGAGAACAACGGGAGUGAGAAUGACUAUGUGAUCCCGCGAACGGUGGAGGCUUUGCGGGACUUGGGCGCUCAGAGCGGCAUCGAGAAUAAUGCCAUGAGACUCAUCACCGCUCACUCCUCCAUCACGUCGCAUCUCACACACCAAACCCGGGCCCUUCAAACCCUCAUCCACCCUCUUCUAUUCUCACCUUUUCCGCUUCUCUCCGAGGACGCCAUUGACGCACUUAUCCCGCUCAUCGACGAAGAACUCUUGCCGAACCUCCCCUAUCCUUUCCCCGACCAGUCACGACACUCCUCCCGACCCACUACCCCUUCGCAAUAUUCGGCUCUGAACCCGCUCACGUCGCUACAAAGUCUCGUCUCGCAGACCUCUGACAUCACCCUCUCCCUCCAAAGCCUAAGCGACACGCUGUACGAGAAUCGACAACUGACCUCCACUGCGUCGCGAAGGCUCCGGUCUGCCCGGGAGCUUGUUGCAGAGCUCCGCCGGGAAGAAGAGGGUCGCGAGGAAGGGACUCGAUGGCUCGAACGCGGCGACUGGGACCGGCGUCUGCGGGACCGCGAAGCCGGCCGUGUUUGUGGCGAGGUGGUGAGCGGUUUCGAGGCUGUAUGCGGUGAAUGGCGUGAGAAGCUCUUCGGGGCUGCUGGGGCUACCGCGGUUGCUGGAGCAGAAGUAGCAGCCGCGUGAUGAACCUUUCCCCCCUCUUCUCUCGAAAGACCGCAUUCAAGGAGGAUAAUCUCUUUUCUGAUCUGACUGCCCCAAAUAUCAAAAGGACUCACUCGCAUGAUGUAAUGGCCCCUUUUGCUAGACAUUCGCCUCCAAAUCACCCCCAAGCUCCGUUCUCUUCCUCUUUCCUUGAUAUCCUUCUCUUCAACCAGUAUAUAGAUCUUACUUUGAUAUCUUGCAGUUAUGACUUUCUACUUAUCUACGUGAAAAAUUAUUUAUUUGUUCUCCUCUUUCACGGACUGGAAAUGGUGUGUGGCUCUGAUUGCUGAUCUAAAUCUGAAUUAAUCCCUACUCUCCUCUUUCGCUGAUGGUCGAAUGAUAGAUUUGCGCUUAUCGUGCUUUUCAGUCCAUCAUGACUUCCUGCCUUAUCGGUUGAAUCAAACUGAAGGACAUGCCUGUUGUCUGCUUG